AUGGCCACUGAUUACGACAAAUUCAACAUUUUGGCCCAGUUAGAGCAUUUGCAAAGUAAAUAUCAGGGCACAGGCAAUGCUGAUACGACUAAAUGGGACUGGGCCUUAAAUAUACACCGAGAUACCUUAGCUUCCCAUGUAGAUCAUUAUAACAGAUUGGCUUUCUUUGCUAUAGCCAAAAAUGAAUCAAUCGGUAGGAUAAGAUUCAAGUGCUUGCAGAAUAUGGCAAAUCCCAUUAUGCCAGAGAAGGAUUGA